AUGUCACAAACAGGCACCCCCGUCGACGUCACCCCCCUGGCGCAACCGCUGCCGUUCGAAUUCUCGCGGCGCCGCGCGCCCAACCGCUUCCUCAAGGGGGCGAUGAGCGAGCGCCUGUGCUCGUGGUCGGUCGACGACCUCGCCGCGCGCGGCAUCCCCUCAGACGAGCUGAUUGAGGCCUACCGCGUGUGGGGCGAGGGCCAGAUCGGGCUCAUCCUGACGGGCAACGUGAUGAUCGACCCGGCGCACCUCGAAGCCCCCGGCAACCUGAUCAUCCCCGCGGACGCCCCCUUCGAAGGGGAGCGGUUCGCGCGCUUCCAGCAGCUGGCCGCCGCGGCCAAGACCCCGCGGAACUCCUCGCUGGUCGUCGCGCAGGUCAGCCACCCGGGCCGCCAGACGCCGGCCGCCCUGCAGCCGCACCCGAUCAGCGCCAGCGACGUGCAGCUGGAGGGGGUGGUGCUGGGGAGCACAUUCGCCCAGCCGCGCGCGGCCACGGAGGCCGACAUCCAACAGGUCAUCGAGGGGUUCGCGCACGCGGCCGAGUACCUGGAGAAAGCCGGCUACGAUGGCAUCCAGCUGCACGGCGCCCACGGGUACCUCCUAAGCCAGUUCCUGUCCGAGACGACCAACCGCCGCACCGACCGGUACGGUGGCUCCCUGGAGAACCGCAUGCGUCUGAUCUUGGAGAUCCGCGCGGCGAUCGCGGAGCGCGUGCGCCCGGAUUUCAUCGUGGGGAUCAAGGUGAACAGCGUCGAGUUCCAGCCCCACGGCUUCCAGCCGGAGGAGGCGCGCCAGCUGUGCCGCACGCUGGAGGACCACCGGUUUGACUUUGUCGAGCUGUCCGGGGGCACCUACGAGAACUGGAAGAUGGGCGAUGACGAGGGCGAGAAGCGCGAGUCCACGAAGAAGCGUGAAGCUAAAUCUGACCAAUUGACUAACCUCGAAAAAAAAAAGUUCUUCAUGGACUUCGCCCAGAUGAUCGUCUCCUCCCUCAGCAAGACCAAGUCCUACCUGACCGGCGGGUUCCGGACGGCGGAGGGCAUGGUCCACGGCCUUGAGACGCUGGACGGCAUAGGUCUGGCGCGCCCGCUCUGCCAGGAACCGUACCUGUGCCGGGAUAUUCUGAGUGGCAAGGCGACCGGGGCGCUGCGGCAGGUCAUCAACCCCUACGACUUCGGGCUGACGGCCGUGGCGGCGUGCAUCCAGAUCCGGCAGAUGGGGCUGCGGUUGGCGCCAAUCGACCUGAGCGACAAGCAGCGCGCCGACCAGCUGGUGCAGGCGGUGGUGGCCCGGACGCAGCAGAAGGGCAAGGACUUCUCGCAGGAGGCCGUCUGGCCGCCGCUGAUCCCGGAUUAUAAUGUGCCUUUGGCUGUGGAGGCUUGA